GGGGCACCGGCGUCCCCAGACUCGCAGUUUCCCGCACUCACUCGCGCUCCCUCCAGCCGCCGAAGGGCGCCUCCAGCCCAGCCUCCCCAGCCUCCAGGGCUCAACCGAAUCCACCCGAUCUCACCGCAGGCUCAAGGAAAUGGUGCCCCCCAUUGGGCGCCACGCCUUGCGCCCCGAGGCCGCUGCUGCUCUGACGCUCCUGCUCGGCUGGAUCCUCGCCCAGGUGGCCGGCGCCGCAGGUGCUGCAAAUGUAUUGGUAGCAUAUAAUUUAACCUGGAAGUCAACUAAUUUCAAGACAAUUUUGGAGUGGGAACCCAAACCCAUCAAUCAUAUCUACACUGUCCAGAUAAGUACUAGAUUAGGAGAUUGGAAAAACAAAUGCUUCCAUACAACAGCCACUGAAUGCGACCUCACUGAUGAGAUCAUCAAGAAUGUGAAUCAAACAUACAUGGCGCGAGUUUUUUCCUACCCGGUAGGGAACGGACAUACCACCAGUUCUGAUGUGGAACCUCCUUUUACAAACUCUCCAGAGUUCACUCCUUACUUAGACACAAAUCUCGGACAGCCAAGAGUUCAUAGUUUUAAACCAGUUGGGACAAAGCUGAAUGUGACAGUAGAAGAUGCACGCACCUUAGUCAGAAUAAAUGGCACAUUCCUUAGCCUCCGGGAUGUUUUUGGCAAGGAUUUAACUUACAUUCUUUAUUAUUGGAAAGCUUCGAGUACAGGAAAGAAAUCAACUAAGACAAACACAAAUGAGUUUUUGAUUGACGUGGAUAAAGGAGAAAACUACUGUUUCAGUGUUCAGGCUGUGAUUCCAUCCCGAAGAACAAACUCGAAGAGUCCAGAAAGCUCCACUGAGUGCACCAGCCAAGAAAAGGGCAUUUUCAGAGAAUUGUCCUUCAUCAUUGGAACAGUGCUGUUUGUGGUCAUCAUCUUCAUCAUUGUCCUGUUGGUAUCUCUGUACAAGUGCAGGAAGGCGAGAGUGCGUCGGAGCGGGAAGGAGACCUGCCCACUUAAUGACGCAUAAAGGAAGCAGCAUUGGAGCUGCCAGCUACUGCAAAUUUCACGUUGCACUGUGACCAAAAAUUUUUUAAGAGACCAGACUAUAUGGAAACACAAAUCAGUACUUCAGAGCGCGGAGAGCCUUUGGGUUCAAAGAAAGCUCUUUAUCUGACCUGUUCUCACAAUCAGCAUUCAGGUUUUGACAUUGGCAUUAGUCACUUUGGAAUGUAAUGAAUGGUACAGCGAAUUCCAAGUUUUUUGUUAGUUUGUUUUUGUUUUGUAACACUAUAGCACCUUUUGCACAUAUCAUGCUUUAGACUGUAUAUUCUGCACUCAAGGUGAAACCAGGUCAUCCAAGCAAAAAAAAAAUUAACAAAUGCCUUAAAAAUUCCUAGAUGGACUUUGGAGAACUUUUGAGUGACUGACACCAAACCAUGUAAAAAACGGAAAUCGGGAGUGGGGGACUUAUCUAGGAUUUUUCUACCAUGUAUCUGUCCUUCAUAAUAUGGUGUUUAGUUUUUUUUUAUUUUUUAGGAAUUUAUUUUGAGCAUCAAAGCAAUUGACAGACUUUCAUAUGAAUGCAGACUUUAUUUUAGGCACUCAUAAUGUGCAUUACAGAUUAGCACUUUAACUGACUUAAAUGCUGUUGAGUAAACACUCGACAGCUAAUUAUAUUUUUAUAAGAUUACUACACAAACUGUGUUGAGUUUAUGAUUUAAGGUACUUAAAGCUUCAGUGGUCAACAUGGUAUAUAUUAUAUAAUUUUUUAAAAAAGGUUUUGUAUAUGGGGAUUUUCUAUUUAUAUAGUAAUAUUGUUUGUAUAUAUUGAGAUUAUUUAUUUAAUAUACUUUUAUAUAAAUAAAGGUGACUGGGAAUUGUGA